UCCAUUUUACGCUAUCUACUUGGUAUCAGGAUAUGAUGGAAAAAUAACAGAUCUUCUUCGCUUUGAAGCAAAAGAGCUUAAAAAGAAAGAUGAGAUGGCGGUAAUUUCGUUAAAUUCAUGGGUUUUAUUUUUGAUACCUCCUUAUUCUUCUUUGUGUACCCAACUUCGAAUUGAGCGUCCUACAGAACCUUUUAUCAUGUUACGCUAUAAAAAGGACAAGUUUCCUAUGAAUUAUUUAAUGCAAUGGUCUUCUGAAACUUUGUCAGACCUAGAAGAAACAAAAUUUAUUUUGGUUGAAAAAAAUCAAGAUGACCAAAUAUUCGAUUUUAUGACAUUUAUCGGUGCAAGAGAAACGACAAUUCUUGAUCCGCAUAUUGAUUGUAUACUGAUUUAUCAAAGAAGUUUCAGAAAAACCCCUUCUCCUGAACUUAAUUAUAUGGAUUUGAGGUAUCGGCGGGGGGUUAAGCUCUAUCUAAUUGAAGAACCUGGAUUAACUCCAAGUGAAAUUUUAGUUUCAG